GAUCAUCGAAGACAUGAAAUUGGACAUACCAAAUAUCGUUGACAUCUUCGUGAUGGAAUUGGUCAAGACCUUACAUUGUACAUUCUUUUACCAUAAGGAGGUGGCUAUGGGUAAUACUCGAGGUGAUAACAUUGAAGAUGAUGAUGCCAAUGACAACAACAUCAUCAUCAACAACUGUUUCUAUCUCAACCGUUUUUAA